UCCUCGACCAAAUCGCUUUGAUAAAAUUGAGAGAAACCAGGCGUGAUCAUAUGCUUGGGCUAGAAAUUGAAUUGGAGAUGGGUAUCAGCUACUUUAAUCCGACCAGGAGAAGGAGUCUUAAUGUCCGGCUUCAUACAAAUAGGGAACUGAUCAUCUUGAUUAUACAGAGACUCGAACUGGGUUCAAAAGCAAAUAGCCGGCGGUUGAUCGAAUUUAAUUCGCAUGCGAGAGCAAAAGUUGGGGUGACUCUUCAAUCUGCAGGUUUUGGACGUUCCUCCUUGAUUAAAAUUCUUGAAAGGCGUCGUUGUGUCUCCACCGCCAAGCUCCAGAGAUCAAUUUCAGAGUGGUUACAGAGGUGAAACACCAAGGGUGAGGCUUUGUAUUUCUUUGCUUGGCAUUGUGAACUGGUAGUUUAGGAUUUAUAUUUCUCUUUGGAAGUGGUGGUGGAAAAGUUUUGAUACGGUGGAAGGAUAAAAGAAAGGCAGCAAGGGAGGCAUUUUAUGUGAUGGGUUUUGCUGCGUUUGGAGGAAGAGCAUGUACUGCAUAGAUUGUGAUAUCGGAACUCGGCCGUUCAUGAACGACCCUAUGUUCCAAUAUUUAAAACCCCAGCAGCCGUGUUGCAUUAAGACGUCGGCCGUUCAUGAACGACCAUGUUAGUCUUAAUUCAAGAGAAGAUUGACCAUGGUUGUCUCAAAAGGGUGUUGGUUGUUCAUGAACAGCCCCCAUUUGCCUUGAAGAAAACCUGUUAAUUCCCUGCCGAAGCAAGCAAGAGCAGCAAGCUGCUUUGAUUUCGCUCUCUGUUUUGGCAGAGUCUUGGCCUCUUGUUUUCUGAAUAUUUUUCUCCUCUCUCCCUCCGUGUCUCCCUGUGUAUUUCUCUUCAUGUUAUUGUCCUUUUAUAAUAGUAUAGCUGCUCCUCUGAUAACUUUGCCUUCCGCAGGACUUGUAACUUUGAAAUUUGAAUGACAAACUUUGAAUUUUGGAUAACAAGCUUAUCUUGUAUUUUGACCAGCAA